UAGUUAUAUAAAUUGCAAAGUGACAAACAUGUGUCAUGUUUCCAGAUAGAAGCCGGGCGUAGGGACGAACUUAAAACGAUUAUCUUCCCGCGGUAAUGCGAAUCAAUAGACACAUACUAUAUUCAUAAGAGCCAUUCGUCAUUGAAAUCGGAAACGAAACUUUAGCAACACUCGUACCCACACUAACGCUGCCUUUAAUCAAAUAAGACCAGAGGAGAGUCUCUAUUUACUGAAAAGGACAUUCGGGAUGGCAGCAUCAAAGUCAACUAACCACCUUCCUAGCUUCUCCGAUGAAAUAAUACCCUGGGUCGAGGAAACUGGCUCCCAGUUCCACUAUGAUCCUCUACGAGAUGACGCCAUAAGGCUUCUAGAACUUGAACCGUCUCUUCCUCAGGAUCCAAUAAGAUGCAAGCUCUUACAUGUGAACAGCAACGAAAAUCACCAAUAUGAGAUUCUCUCUUGCGACUGGCAAAGCUCAACAGGGCCACAAGUACCUAUAUCUCUAAACGGGCAGACUUUCGAUGCCCCAUCCGAGGCUUAUUUAGCGCUACGUAGAGUCCGAUUGGAAGAUCGACCGAGAUUCCUUUGGCUGGAUGCUAUCUGCAUCAACCAGAAACUAAAGAGAAAGGAUCAAAAUACCCAGCCCUCUUAUCUAAAGGGCAUAUACGAGGGCGCAACAGGCCUCCUUGCGUGGAUUGGAAACGCCAAUAAUAACUCACACCUUGUGUUUGAGCAUCUCGACAGGUGUCGCGAACAUAGACAUAUAAAUUGGUGUCGAUAUCGGGGAGAAAUGGCGGUCGCCUUUCAUAACCUAUCUCAAAGGUCAUGGUUUUACAGGACACAAUCCGCUCAAGAGCUCGCGUUGACGAAUAAAGCUAUCAUCCUAUGUGGCCGUCAUCAGGGUGAAUGGCCGGACCUGAUGAAGUGUACCGACUUCUUGGGGACUGCGGACUACUAUCAUCCGUUAGAAGGACCAGAUGGCCGAACGCAUUUACGUCACCUUUGGGAACUUUCUCGCGGUAAUCUAGUGCCACUGAGGAACGUAUUCCUUUGGAACCGGCAUGGUCGGGUUCACGACCCUAGGGAUAAGAUAUUCAGCGCCCUAGUAUUGGAUACAGGUAUACAGUUUGAUAUUCCUAUCGACUAUACGCAAGACCUUGUCCAUCUUUUCCGGAACUUCACACAGAAGGUCAUCGAAGCAAGCCAAACCCUCGAGAUCCUUCACUGGUUAGGGUCGCAGAAGAAAUGCAUCGAUGGCCUUCCGUCAUGGGUUCCUGACUAUAGCAUAGUCAACCCCAUAGGUACUUUACCAAGGAUAUUUAGCGCAUCGGCGAUAUAUUCCAUUCAUUAUCCAAUCCUGGUGCUCCCCGGUUUUGAAUUUCGACACGAUGGCGCUCUAGCGAUCCGCGGACAUCUCAUCGAGAAAAUUGAGAAAACAGGAAGCGAGCUAGGAGUAAGCGUUGCUGUUGGUGGCGAGGAAUUUCGCUCGAUCUUGUCCGAAUGGGAAACUCUCGCUUUGAGCCUGAGUUAUAAGAGAUUUCCGCAGGCUAUCAUUGACGCCUUUGCUGAUACUCUCAUUGGAGACGAUCGUACUGAUUUGUUAAUUGAAAAAGACGAGACCCCGUAUAUCCGAGAGUCAAGACCGUCAACAUCGCCGUCAGCCGAUGAGUUUCAUGCGUGGUAUGGGCAAUACGGUGCAGGCGUGCUGGGAGAAGCCAAUUCGACGCGCACAGGAGACGGAGCUAGCAAUUGGCUUUUGAUGAAAUAUGCUCGCCGGAUGGAAAUGACUUCCUACGGACGCAAAUUCUUCAUUACUGAUGAAGGCUCGAUGGGUCUUGCACCGCCGCAUGCGAGAGAGGGUGAUGACUUGGUCUUUAUUCCUGGCGGAAAGUACCCGUUUGUAUUGAGAGCCAGGGGCGACGACACCUACGAACUUAUCGGGGACUGCUUUCUAUAUGACCUAGACGUGUUUUCACUGGUCCAAAAUGAGAACGUGGACACUCGGAAGUUGGUUCUCAUUUGAAGCGUUACGGAACGUUGACGAUUCCCCAGCUUUAACAGCCGCGACAUGGUGUUCAGGUUCCGCGACUGGGCGUGCUCUUGAGUUUUACGUCUUGGAAUUCUUCCCCGUUACAACCCAACAAAAUACAAUGGCCAAGGAAGCUAACUAAGGUACCCAGCCUAUAGCGAAGAAUAUAACCCUAUAACAUUAACCCAAUUUCCCAGUAAACCGCUCUCCUUAAACGCACUUUACUGUACUGUGCUCUCUAGAAAAUUGCGAGAUACGUUAACUCUUUGAUCUAAGUCAGCCUCGAUCUCCCUGGAUCUCUAGUUCGAGAAUUUAUAAAUGCGGUAGGAUCAUAUGCUAGUUCUGUAAAAAAGCGAAACGUAAAAAAUAUAUACCUGUUCACCGAGAAACAAUUAUAAC